AUGUUCAUCGAUGGGCACUAUCAAUAUCAUCCACCCCCGGACCUGGUCGAAGUCUCUGCAUACCCUGAGGACCUGGGCUGCCACGCGUGGCGGCGCCGGAAUUGGCUGGGCGUCGACCUGCCCGGCCCUCCACCUCGCCCGUCUAUGUCUGCCGAACAACCCCUCCUCUGGUACGCUCAAUCACCUCCUCCUCGUCCACCCCUCGGGACUCCGGAUCAGCAGCGCACGCGCAAAGAGCGCUUUACGAGUCAAGCGAUUUCACAAUUGCCGGCGGGUGCGGGACAGCUCGAACGCAGGCCAACUCUAUCCAAGAGGGCCGGGAGAUUUGGGGGUAUCAGAGUCAGUCUGAAAGACCUUGUGACUUCUCCGGACCGAACUACCAGUUCGCCACUUCUCGAGGAGCCCGCGCUGUGCCGUUCUCAAAGUCUAUCAUCGCAUCAGGCUUCAAGCGACAUGUUCAUUGCCCAGAAUGUGCGCCGGCGUGAGCGGACCUUCAUCGGCAGCUCAUGCGCUGCAUGCGAGGAGCCAUUGGAGCAUAUGCUGCGUGGCGAACGCGUCCUUCAAUUGACCUGUGGUCACAUUUCCCACGAGGCUUGCUUCUACGAGUACAUCAAGGAGUUUCAAGCGCAGACGUGUCCAACAUGCGACCAGCCGCUUGGAGUUGACACGAGCCGUGGCGGCAACAUCGACUUCGACAACAUCAACAAAUUGUUCCAGUCAGCCCAGCCCAAUGCGAAGCUCCAUCAGCAAGCAUCGCUGAACACACUGUCGACACGUUGUCCCUCGUCUGGAGAUAAGACGUUUGGAUCUAGUGUCACACCGACUCAGCAGACCGACACUCGGAGGCCUUCGCGGGACCAUUUACUACCGGAGGAACUGCAGUCGCCGACGUCUACUCCGUCCCAGUAUCGCUCUUGCCAUACUCGGAAUGAGACUGAAGAUAGUUCAGCGCUCUCGCGAGACCAUAGCGAAGCCCUCGCGGACUCCGAGUUCAGACCACAAGACCCGGACCUGCAAUCGAUUAUGACCUCAGCCUCGCGAACAGUGCCAAAGAAUCCAAUACCGACGCCAAUUGUGACGGUCCGAAGCGAGUUCCCAACUUUGACAAAGUCCCGGCACCUGCAAAGCCUGACCUGCCUGAUCACCGUCGAAGUUCCCGAGGGUAAAUGGAAUCCUCAGCCAGAAGACAUCCGGAGCCCACCACUCGUACCAUCCACAAUUUCUCAGGAGCCAUAUCGGCCAACGAGAUUUGUUCGCUCGCCAAAGAUCCCACGACCUGUUGAUAGUAUUCACGAAGACACGGGCUUCGAGGAGGCCAAGGAAGAACUUCUCAACCGCGUGGAAAACUGGCAUGGACUGGAAUUCGAUCGAUUCGGGAAACUGCUCCUUCACGGCCUUGUGUCUGUGGGCAAGGAUCGAAACACUUGGCAGGAAUUGCAGUGCUAUCUUUUCAGCGAGAUGCUGAUAUGCGUCAAGGAGAAGAGAGUGCCCGCCACGGCCUCUUCACGCGACAGACCUACUACCACCCGUUGGACACUCAAGGGCUCAAUACUGAUAAGAAAACAUCUAGAAGAUGUCGAGGUGGUGGACGAAAACGUUCUGGCACUGAGUCUAUCGGUCGCCGAACUGCCAGCUUUCAACCUACGCUUCGCCGACAUGGAGCAGCUAGAAGUUUGGCGUACAGCUCUGAAGAACAUCUACCAACCCGAAACUCCCACGCCGACCUCGCCGGUCCAUAACUUUGAGCGGGAAAAUUCUGGCACCGACGACGACGAGUAUAGCAUGCCGCGGACCGCUCGCCAUAUAUCCUCGAUCCGCUCGUCAGGCUGGCCCGGAGAUCAUUCUCCAGGAACAGCCCCGACAGAGUACAGCACAGCUCGUGUCAGAGAUACGCAUCCUUCAAGAAUACACAUCCCUCUCGAUGUUGUUGUCGUCAUUCCCGUCUCGUCUUCCAUGCAAGGCCUCAAAGUCGACCUGCUUCGAGACGCCUUGAGAUUCCUCAUCUCCAACCUGGGCGAACGGGAUCGCCUUGGAAUAGUCACGUUCGGCUCCGGUGGUGGCGGCGUGUCAUUAGUGGGCCUUUCCAACAAGUCAUGGAGUGGCUGGUCCCAAGGGCUGGAAGCGGUUCGACCCAUCGCUCACAAAAACAUGCGAUCCGAUGUCGUCGAGGGAGCAAACGGUGCGAUGGAUAUGCUCAUGCAGCGCAAGACCGUCAACGCCCUCUCCCAGAUCGUACUCAUCAGCGACUCUGCAACAUCCGACAACGAAGGCGUCGACUUUGUCGUUUCACGAGCCGAAGCGGCAAAGAUAUCGAUAUACUCCUUCGGCCUGGGUUUGACUCACAAGCCCGACGCGAUGGUGGAGAUGUCGACACGGACCAAAGCUAGCUAUACCUACGUCAAGGACUGGAUGAUGCUACGGGAGUGCUUGGCCGGAUGCCUGGGUGCUCUUCAAUCCACAUCACACCAGAACGUGAAGAUGAAGCUGCGUCUUCCGGAAGGCUCCCCGGCCAAGUUUGUGAAAAUCAACGGCGCGCUACAAAUCACGAAGCGUGCUACGGGACGUGAUGCGGAGGUGCUGCUCGGCGACUUGCGAUUCGGCGACAAGCGUGAGGUCCUGGUACAAUUGGCCGUGCAGCCAGAUAGCUCUGCCCCUGAUGCGGCACCGGCAGACCCGUGGGACAAUAUGGUGUCCGGACUGGAAGCCAUGAGCUCCAUAGAGCAGGACUCAGUCCGAGGAUUCUCCAUCGAAGAGCUGCCACUCCUCCAGGCUGACCUGGUCUGGGGAGACCUCCUACAGGACGGCCACAUCACUCAACUUCCUCGACCAUCGCUCCUGGCAAUAACGGUGCUCCCUCCCAAAUCCCGGAACAGCUACCACUCAUCCACACCACUCAUCCCGCCUCACCCUUCAGUGGUACAACGCCGCAUGGAACUCCUAACCUCCGACAUGCUCUCCCGCGCCCUCGGUCUCGUCGCACGCGGCCAACACGAACGCGCCCAACACCUCCUGACAGAAACCCGCUCCAUCCUCAAAGGUCUCGGCAAAGGCGGUUUGCCCGCUCUCCCAACCGCCACACCUCCACCAAACUACGCCCUUCCACCGACUCCUUCAACCAACGGCCCCCGGGCCUCCCCGACCUCUCCCAGCGAUACCUCCUUCCCCAACCCACCCAAGUCCACAUCUGCUUUACCUACAACCCACGACUUCGUCAAGACCUUCUCCUCCUCCUCCUCCGCCGCCGACAUCGACAAAGCCACCAUGGAAGCUCUGGAUAACGAACUGCAGACAAGUCUGGAAUAUAUUCUGCACCCGCAGGUUUUCGCUCGAGACGCCCGCAAGGCGAUGCUACAGGCGAUUGGCACGAUCAGUUCGCAGCGGGGUUUUACGUUUCGUACGGGAUCGGAGUCACUAUGGGCGGCGAGGAUACCGGGUGUACGGCGAUUGACGGAACGGAGUCGGGUGUGGCGGGACGUUAGUGAUAGAGCGCUGGUGGAGGAGUGA